GACCUCCAUUCAAGCUUCAGACAACGUCAUCUUUGUCUUUACUUCCACUUCAUCUCAGGGUGUACAAAUUACGCUUUGCUCGUUAAAUUUAUCUUCAAUUUUAUCUCAGAUGAACAGGCCGACUAUUGGAGUUGCUGAUAGCACGAGCGCACGAGCUCCGAGAUAAGAGCUCCACGUCUUAUCACCCCAAGCUGUCAAUGCACUGAUCGUCAUCAUCCACCCACCCAGCAUCCAUCCAUCAGCAAAGAAGGGGCUUUCUCUCUUUUCAUCAUCUCUUGUCAAGUUUUAUCAUCGAAGGAGAACGUACUCAUGCGUGCUGAAAAGAAAAGGACAUCAUGAGUUUCCCAAGUUUGACACCAAGUACAGGGGCUAUACGUUGCUACAAGGCCUCAUCAAAGAAUAGCUAUUCGGCCCUAUAUGCGAUCCAAGAAAAACCAUCAGCUCAAAAACGUGGCUUUCGGCAACAUGCCCACUUGAAACAUUGCAAUAAAACCGACUCCGAACGACGACGAAUAGACGCAUACCAGCGCCUCUGCCAAUCCAGAAAUCGUCGAAAAGCAGCACAUCAUCAUCCGCGAACGCAUGUGCUCGACCAUAAUCACCAUCCAUGGUGGAAUUGGGGAUAUGGAUGGAGUCGGACCAACCAAAAAUUUCCCGAACAUCAACAUGGACGAGAUCCAAGAAAGGAGUUCUGGGAGACGGGGAAGACCAGUAUGCAGAAAAGGAUAGAGCAAAUCAAGAAACAAGUCGACGCGGAUCCUUACGCGGCUUUAUUUGGGAGAAGGCUUGAACCUUUUAGCCUUUUUGAUAAACAUGAUAAUAUAUGGUCAAGCUUCUGUCGCUCUUUUCUGGGGAGCGAGAGAGAGACCAAAGCGAAGCCUAAGGAUACAGUUGCGGAUGUGAAGGCUACAAAUGUAUCACCCAGUUCAAAGGAUUAUGACGCACAACUCAAGAAACCUACACCCGUUCAAAAACCGAUCGAGGCUUCCUCCAAAGGGACUAUCGCUAAUACAGACCUUGAGUUUGAUCCGAUAAGUGGUCGUAUGAUUCCGAAGUCAAAACACUUGGAUGUGACAGACCGAAAAGCGCAAGAUGAGAAAGAUUCAAAGCUCGAAUCCAAUGACGUCAAAGACAAGCAGCCCACGUCGCCAGAGUCACCUUCACAGCAAAUGGCACAUAACAGAUUGGUCAAUGAAUCGAUUGGGGCCAUUGGCGGUGGACAGAUGGCUUCCGAGCUUCCUAAACGGGUUCAAACACCACCUGUCAUCGAAGAGAAUACCAAAGAUGAACAGUUCCCAGCUACCACGACAAAAUCUGCUAAAAACGCAUUGUUGGGCUCGAAACAGCAAUCGGAUCUUCGGAUGAAGCAAGAGAAAACAGAGGACUUGGAUCUCUUGUCUGCCAGUGACAUCCGUGCUUCCUACGAUUCGAAAACGUUGGACCAUGGCUCGGAUGUACAAAAACAACAAAAACGAAAAGAGUUGGAAGAUGUCUUUAAAUCUGCCGACCCCGCGGGUUAUAUUGAUGCUCAAAGUAUUCGUGCAAAGUUUCAGUGUCACCAUGGUCUGGAACCCCCGAGCGAGAAGGUUAUUGAUAUUGAACCUUUGAAUAUAAGUAGCACAAAUCAGUCACAAUCACAACCCUUGGAAAGUCCAGAAACAAGCAGUCUGAACAAGAAUAUGGAAUUUCCUUUGGACAGAGCGUCAUCUCCGGCAAUCUAUCGCGUACUUGCAUAUGACCCUUCCACGUUGCAAGUAAGUAAAGCAGAGACAAGCUCGUCUCAUACAACGGACGAAAUUUUCCAUCCAGCCGAGAUUCUGCCUCGUCUGAACAAUCCGGCCAAGUUCUUGCCUUACUUUGCUGAGAUGCAAAACGACGGUUAUGAAAUUGUUUCAGGCGGUGGAGAUAUUCUUGUGUUCAGAAGAGAUCGAAAGGAUAAUGUCGUUCUGAACGACGAAAUAAAGUCUCCGACUACUGAUCCAUCUUCCCCAGAAGUGAAGGCCAAUGGAGAUGCCAGGACUGAGAGUGGCACACCUAAUAAUGAAUCUGGUAUUCGCAAAACGGUUCGGAGAAUGUUCCUCACAGGUGUCAUGACUGCAGCAACAUGCUACGCCAUAGGUGUUGUGGUCGAGUACUUUCGCACAGGUGGUAAAGACGGACGUGGAAUCGACGGGUUCACCGAAUUUGAGUCUGAGAGACGGCGAAGAGAAGAAGAGGCCUAGAAUGCUUAUUCGCAACUUUUGGCACUGAUGAUUUCAAUGAUUUAACGAAUUUGGAAACCCCUCUCAUGUAAUCAAUAUCAUCUCAACUAAUUGUACAGUAUUUUUUUGGAAUUGGUUUAUUUUUC